AUGACUGCAGAAGUCUCAAAAAAACCCAUUCGUAAUAAAUUUCAACGGCAUAUUAGUAUACUUAUUUGGAAAUCUUAUCUUCAGAGGCAAAGAAGAUGGCGUAUAUUACUAGUGGAAACACUUUUCGCAGCAAUUUUGUUUCUUUUCGCGGUGUUCAUAGCAAAGCCGGUGUUUCUUACACCACUACAGGCGGUACCUGAAGCUCCUCUUACAUCAGCUGAUAUUUUAGCUUCUCUGAAUAAAAUGAAUAUCUUAGGCUACGCUCCCAAUAUUGCCCCAUAUGAUGCUAUCAUGGAUCAAGUUGCAGAGAGUUUGGAAAUCGAUAUAAUAAGCGCUUCGACCGAGGACGAUUUGAAUAAUAUAUUGUACAACCGUUCCAGGGAAACCCCGAUUGAUAAUCCGGUUAUAUGGAUCAUUUGGAAGCCAACAGAAAAUAAUAUUUGGAAAUUUAGUAUACGAAGCACGGAACGCGCUCUUUACGUGACAAAGUCGGAGUAUUCUUCACAUAAUCCGCAUUUGAGGAGCGGCGUAUUGGCGGUACAACUAGCUGUCAGCCAGGCUAUAAUAGCACAUACGAGUUCCAUGCCACCACAGUAUGAGCUGAGCUUAGCGUCGAUUCCCGUGUCACCUCUGAUGCAACAGGAGCGCGUGCGUAGAGCAAUAUCCGGGAUACUACUGUGUUUCACUCUGGCGUUACUACCACCAGUUUUAGAGACAGAGUCACUGGUAGUCUCGGAAACUGUAAGCAGGUUUAAACGUUCUCUUCGCAUUCGAGGUGUCGACUACUCUUCAAUGUAUACCGGCUGGCUUGUAUUCGCCUACUUGACUGCAUUACCUAUCUGUCUACUAGCCAGCAUCACUCUGAUUUUGAUAUUUCGUUGGAUUCAUCUUCUUUUCACCAUGACUUUAGUUCUUGCCUAUGUUUCCGUUAUGAUCAUGUUAGCCUUGAUAAUGGCCAUGUUUCAUAAUGAACCUUGGAUUGCAUGUGUCUGGUCUACAUUAUUUACUUUGCUACAAACUUUCCUCGCUGAACUAAUAGUACAUCAUCAGAUUGACAUGAACCAUGAUGUGUUAAACUUCUUUCUUCAACUCAUCAUACCACCCUUAGGCCUCAUGCAUGGACUCAACGAAUUCGCUCUCUUGCAAACUGGGCAGGAAGGACGUUGGGAAGGAAACUCUUUGAUAUUUACAAUAAUUUUAUGGUUAAUAAUGAUAGCAAUUUACUUUGGAAUAUUGAUGCUAUUUCAAAGAACUAUAAAACAAAGAGCAAUUGGGGGUCAAGUGUCGUGGAAAUCGAUCAUUUUCAAGAAAGCAGAGGAUAAAAAUAAAUUACAUCGAAUCGAGAAUCCGACUGGUCGAGAAAGGGAUAAGUUGCAAGAAGUUGAUGAACUCGUUGCAAAAGCAAUAAGUAUGAGAAGUGUAUCUAAGAGUGUCAUGGGCAGUCAAGUGCUAAGUGAAAUAACGUUAGAUGUAUACAGGAAUGAAUUUACUAUGCUCUAUUCUGAACCUAUCCAAACCAAAAUGGUCACGACUAUUGAAGACCUUUUGACAGGACUAACGUACCCUGAUAAAGGUUCUGUCAACGUGCUAGGCGAAAUCUUGACACCAGGUCGGAGUUUGAUAUCGGCGCCCAAAAUGAUGGGCUACUGCCACCGCAGCGGAUGUCUUAUUGCAGAUCUCACCGUUCAAGAGCAUCUAACAUUGUACUGUUCGAUUUGUCUAUGGAAUGAAUCUACAGAAUUUGUAAUGGAAUACGCACACAUUCGUAGCAAGUAUUUAUUACCGGAUUGCAACUUAGAGAACGUCCGACAUGAAUUUGUCCGGAACUUGGAUCCUUUUUACAAAGCGCAGCUUUGUUGGGCGAUAGCUGUGUUAUUGGAACCGAGAAUUGUUAUAAUACCUCCUUUCACAUCAGAUUCAAAUUACACUUCAGUUAUACGUGAUAAAAUUAUGCGUCAUAAAAAACAUUUGACUAUUGUGAAGUUGUGCUACACUAGUAUUUCACUCGAGUACGCGGAUCGCGUUUUUAUCUUUGAUAACAGAGUGCUAGUCUUCGGUGGUACACUUGGGUACAUGUUUUUCAAAUACGGUCGGGAGUAUCGAGUCCGUUUGACUUUUCGAAGCGGAGGUAGGUCCAACGAGAAGAAUGUAAACGAGCUUCUCCGUAGGACUUCUGAAGCUGGUGCUACCAUCAGAGCCCAUCUAGGAUCACUCCUCAUACUUAGACUUCCAGCGAGACCAACAGCGAGUGUCGCUGCGUUAAUAAAAGACCUUUCAGAUAAUAGUAGCAAGUACGGUAUCAUAUCUAUGAACAUCAGUGUUCCUGAUUCAGAGGAAGUCUGUAAUAGAGCCAUUUAUGAGUCCAGAGCCACUGUUCAUGGCACUGUUGAAGAACAUGAGAUUGUAAGAAACGCUUUAAACAACCUUUCUGAACCUAUACCAUGGAAGAGAGAAAACAGUCUAUUCGGUAAUAUGGGUCUCGUCAGCCAUAUUGGAUGGAAAUUCAUUGCAUUCUACCGUCAUAACAGAUUCUGUUUUACCAUCACGGUCCUUUCAGCGCUCGUUACAGGUGUGUUUAUUGGACUUUCUCUCUCAUCCGUUUUGCAAGAAAUAGACAGAGAUAGGGCUACGAAAACGAUAAUACAUGGCGAGAUAUUAACAGUGGAAGCACUAGAACAAAGGACUAAUUUAAUACUACGGUCAGAUAACUCUAGCGAUGCGAAGUCUGUUGCCACUGCUUACGUAUUUUCUGAAACAAACGCGACGGAAAAGGAAGUUGAGAAUAUGCGUUACACUGCUCUCCUAUACCCAGAGAGUUUGACGGAGUAUCUCGUUACACGAGCAAUCGAUUCACCUCAACAGUAUGUGUACAUGUAUGCUUAUGGAUUGGACGUAGCGUCACGCAAUGAUAAAUUAAGUGUACAAGUUCUCUACAGUCCCCUACACUACGAUCACGGUGCAGCCGCUAGAGCCUUGGCUCGAACGUUUAUGGCACUCAUACGACAUUAUACAUCGGCCUUAGACGCGACUAUAGAAGUCACUGAUGAUCCCCUUGCAUUGGAUCUAACUACGUGGUUAAAAUAUGCUUCAUCUCCUCCGAUUUUUAUACAGUUUCUACUUAUACUAACAAUAUCACACAUAACAAUUAUACCCUCAAUGGAAAGUGGAUUUAUUAGACACAUGCAGAAGCAUGCAAUGAACUUCUCGCCGGCUCGCUACUGGUGUACGUUGUUCCUGUGUGAUUUCAUCCUUUACUGUUUCCUCGUAUUCUUGAUGACAGCCAGCAUGAUUGCUAUUAUGGUCUUAGUGGCACCCAUGACCUUUUAUUACACUGACUUGGUUGUGGUACCAAUUAUGUUGACUGUGUAUGGUAUCGGUUGCAUUCCACAAGCAUAUUUGUUUAGUUUAGGACCGCGAACUGCGCUCAAUACUAUGACUUUCGUUAUACUUAACGUCGUAUUUGGUGAAACAACAGUUAUAGCAAAAAUACUGUACGGCAACGCGCUCGACUACGCCAUGAAUUUCAUGUCCCUGUCUCCGCAAUUUAACAUGGCAUAUGCGUUUGUGAAAAUAAAGAAGAUAUUCCUUUAUAACAGUGAGUGCAUUGUGUUCAAGAGGAAAAAUCUUUGCUCGUCUAAAACCUUGCACAAAUGUUGUCCUAAAUGUGGUGUCCUACAACAAUGCUUCUCUAAAAGAUUUUACUUAACCAAGAACACGGGAGUUUUAAUGGAAAUAAUUGCUAUAUUAUCUACAGCUGUGGUUUUCAUGACGCUUUUGUUGUUAUGGGAGUAUAAAUAUAUACAACGAUUAUGGUCACUAUUGGUUACCAAGUGGGUAUAUCCCAACAAAAUGCAAUAUGAAGCAGAAAAUCAAGGAGCAGUGCGUGAGAAGGAAGAUGUAUUAAAUAAACAAAAUGACCUUAAGAAGAAGCGCCGCGAAAAAGUAAAUACCUUCGGUGAAUAUCUUCUUGCUUGCAAUGUCUCUCAGAGGAGAUAUGGAAAGAGCAAGAUUGGCAACAUUUUUUUCGGCUUAGGUAAAGGGGAGGCACUAGCUAUUUCCGGUCUUGUGGAGCAUGGCAGGCUGAAGUUAUGUGAAAUAUUAGCUGGAUAUGUACUUCCAAGCGAAGGAGAUUUAUGGAGUUUAUCGAAAUGGACAUCAAACAGAAAUCCUCAUAUGUAUGCUCGUCAAGUGACCUUUAGUUGUGAGCAUGAUCCACUUCCUUUGUGGAUGACGGUAUACCGUGCGCUGGAAAUGAUCGCAGCGUUGCGCGGUGUACCGCAGGCACACGUUAAUAAGGAAGUUAUGACUUACAUCGACGCUCUUGAAUUGCAUCAGCAAGUUAAUACGCUGAUUCAAUACCUCUCUCCUAACGAUCGCGCUCGGUUGCACUUCGCUGCAGCCACUGUAGCAGCGCCGCCGGUUAUUAUCCUUGAAGAGUGUACUGCCUAUCAAAAGUACUCGGUGCGAAGGGCCAUGUAUUACAUAUUAUAUAACCUCAGAAAAUGCGGACAUGCGAUCGUAAUAAGUUCUAGCAGUGUCGAAAGUCACUUGCCAGUAACUAAUCGCCUAGCCAUCCUUGUUGAUGGUCAUAUUUAUGACAUUGACCAAGUGGAUGUGUUGGUGGAACGCUACAGCGAAAAAGGCUUCACAGUUGUACUGCAUCUUAAAGAUGAAGUGAAUGUAGAAGGAAUAUUCUCGAAAUAUUUCAAGAGUUUUGUCAUUAAUGAUUUAUCUGAUGUACUAGUAAAUGUCCAAGUUUUAGACGCAGACUUAACAUGGGCAAGUGUUUUCGAAAUAAUGGAGAGGCUCCAAGCUGAAAACAAACACGUCUACUCAUACAUAGUAUCGGCCAUACCAAUAGACUAUAUUUACAAUACAAUUUUGACCCGAGAAAGUGGACGUAAAAUUUCCGAAGAACAGAAGUUUUGUUGCUACAAAUACCUCUUCCCUCACAAGGCUAAAGUUAAACCAUCAAAAGAAACAUUAGCUAAGUUAUUACCAUUUGAAAAGAGAUUUAAUAUUACUAAGUUAAAGGAAUUGCCGUGGUCAGUCAUUUUUAAUAGAUAAAAAGAAAACCAUAGACAAUAUUUGAGUUAAAAUAUACCAACCUCUUUAAACGCAUUAUUUAGUUGUUAUAUGCAAGCAGAGUUUAGGCUUUGUUAGUAAAAGAAAAGCAUAUUGUUAGUAAAAAGAAAUGUUUAUUUUAUUUUAAGCAUUUGUUUAAAAUAAGCAGAAUAGCACAAUGGUGAUGAUUUGCAUUACAAGCAAUAAAUAAUAAUUUAGCUUAA